AUGCUGAACAAGGACGAUCUGCGGGACUCAGUGCUGCUGGUGUUUUCGAACAAGCAGGAUCUAUCGAAUGCCAUGAGCGCGGCUGAAACGACGGACAAGCUGGCUCUACAUGGUCUGUGCCAGCAGUGGUUUAUCCUGGUGCAUCGAGCCACGAUGGGUGACCGGCUGUAUAAAGGUCUGGGAUGGCUCUUGCCUCUCUAA